UUCUUAUGUCAAUGAUUGUGCAGUUGAAUUGAACAACAAUAAGUAAGCAGUUAUAAACGAAGAAAAGCAUUCCACCGCUUUCAUUUCACGCACUUGAUUGAAUAAAAGAAUUUUUAUUUCCAAACAAUAUUUACAACAAAAAUUAUCAACAAAUCUUCUUCCAACACAAUGUCCACUGAUUCUAAUCACACUACAUUGGAUAAAUUUACUUUCACUAAAAAACAACUCAAUGUUUAUCGACAUUUGAAUUCUGAUAAUAUCAAGUCUAUAUUUCAUCAAUCCAGUUCGAAUAGAUCAUUGAUGAAUCAUAUUCACAAUAAUAAUAAUAAUAACAAUUAUAAUAAUAAUAAUAAUAAUCAUUAUCAUCAUCAUAUUCAUAAUGGUAAUCACAAUAAUCACAAUAAUUAUGCUAUUCAAUGUUCAACAUCGGAUUGUAAACAAUUAAUGAAAAUGAAUGAUGCCAAUAAUAAUCAUCAUUUAACCAGUAGUAGUAGUAAUCCAUUGAAUGAAAUAACAACAACAAAACAUGGCGGUUAUGGCGGCGGAAGCAGCAAUAAUUCAAAACAUCUACUCAAUGUUGUCUAUCCUUGUCAAAUGAUUAAUCCAAUCAAAUCCAUACAAUCAUAUUGUCCAAUCAAUGGCUAUCAUCAUCCAUCGGAUGCAAAAGUUUUAUUAUUAGUGAAUCCCGCUACUGCUGCUAGUGCUGCUACUACUACUACAUGUGAUUAUCAUAAUGAUCGAUUGCUGAACAAUUAUGAAUAUAUGCCAUUUUCAUGUCAACAUUAUAUUCAACCGCCAACAAUGACCAAUCCAUUAAUGUUAUCAUGCAGUAAUUGUUUAAGUCAUGAUUAA